AUGUUGAGGCCGGUGUUGCUGCUGCUGUUGAUUUGGACGAGCUCAGCGCUGGUCAGGGUGCCGCUGAGGCGGGUGCCUUCGAUUCGCUCCCAGCUGCGGGCCGACGGCCUGCUAGUGGAGUUCUUGAAGGAUCACCGCCCCGACAUGUUUAACCGCCGCUAUGUUCAGUGCUUCCCGCCCGGCACGCCGUCACUGCGGCUCGGAAGCUCCAGCGAGAAGAUCUACAACUUCAUGGACGCUCAGUAUUACGGGGAAAUCUCUUUGGGGACUCCGGUGCAAAACUUCUCUGUGAUUUUUGACACCGGCUCAUCCGACCUCUGGGUGCCGUCAGCCUACUGCGUCAGCCAAGCCUGUGCAUUGCACAGGCGUUUCAGGGCAUUUCAGUCCACCUCUUUCCAUCAUGACGGUCGGAUAUUUGGGAUUCACUACGGAUCAGGACACCUGAUGGGAGUCAUGGCCAGAGACACUCUGAAGGUUGGGGGUCUGACCAUACAAACACAGGAGUUUGGGGAGUCAGUCUACGAGCCCGGCUCAGCUUUUGUAAUGGCGAGAUUCGACGGCAUUCUGGGUCUGGGUUACCCGUCCCUGGCAGAGAUCCUUGGUAACACUGUUUUCGACAACAUGAUGGCGCAAAAGACGGUGGACGAGCCGGUGUUUUCCUUCUAUCUCACCAGGAAAACAAGUGUCAGCAACCCGGAAGGCGAACUGUUGCUUGGCGGAACAGACGAGGCGCUGUACAGCGGACCAAUCAACUGGCUUCCUGUGACUGUUAGGGGCUACUGGCAGAUUAAGAUGGACAGUGUUGCGGUGCAGGGUGUGAGUUCGUUCUGUCCUCAUGGUUGCCAGGCGAUUAUCGAUACUGGAACCACCCUCAUCGCCGGACCGACCAAAGACAUCCUCAGCCUUCAGCAGCUGAUUGGAGCCACGCCCACAACCAUCGGAGAGUUCAUUAUCGACUGUGCCAGGUUGACCAGUUUGCCCCAUGUGACAUUCAUCCUCGGAGGAAAGGAGUACACGCUGUGUGCUGAGCACUACGUCAGGAAGGAGAUGCUUGGCGACAGGGAGUUGUGUUUCAGUGGUUUCCAGGCCACGGACAUAGUUUCCACCGAAGGCCCCCUGUGGAUUCUGGGAGAUGUAUUUUUGACAGAGGUCUACACCAUCUUCGACAGAGGACAGAACCGGGUCGGCUUUGCCUCUGCUAAGCACAUAACCUAA